AUGGAUAUAUGUACAUGUUUAGAAGAUUUAUCAAAUGAAAUUUUCUUUGAAAUAUUUGAUUAUUUACAUGCACUUGAUAUAUUUACUGCUUUUGCUUCAUUAAAUAAACGAAUUCAAUCUAUUCUACAAUCAAUUCGACUUCAUGUCAAUAUCUUAAAUAGUCAUUAUGAUCGAGAAAUUAAUUUUCUUUCUUCUCUUCUUACUUUUCAUGCUCAUCAAGUCAUAUCAUUAAAAUGUUAUGAUACAAUUCGUGAUCAUUCAUCUAUUAUUAGUUUACUAUUUAAUCGACAUCAUUUUAUUAAUCUUCAAUCAUGUAUAUUUAUAUUGGAUAAUUCAUCAACUGAACUUGAAAAUGUUAUUAAACAAGUUGAAAGUUUGAAUAGACUUGUUGCAUUUUUUAUUAUACAACCACAUGAUAAAAAAAUUAAUGAGAAAGAUAAAUGUGAUAUAACUCGAACUAUAUUGAUGAACAAAUCAUCUUCUCUUCGUUCAAUUAAGCUUCAUUAUGAUUAUGAUUACUUGGACAUAUCAACUUAUACUUCAAAUGCUUCAAAUACUAAAUCACUUGAAUUGUUAAUAUCUGGCUCAUCGAAUAAAGUAUCAAUUUAUUCAAUUUUGCCAAUUCUUCGUGUUUGUCAUAGAAUACGAUAUCUACAUGCCAUAAUAAAACAUGAAAUUCUAUCUGAAAAUAAUUAUUUAAAUUUUUCAAUUCCAGAAGCAUUUAUUAAUGAAAAUGAUCUUCCUAUAUCACCACAAUUGACAUGCUUCGAUUUAUCAAUUUUUGGUCAAUCUUACAUUGAUUCAAUCGCUUAUAUCUUACGUUCUAUGCCAAAUCUUGUUCAUUUUAAGUUUCUUCAUGAAGCAGGAAAAAUAAGGAGCCUAUCUGCUGAACAUUUUCUCAAUGGUUAUAAAUGGCAACAUAUGUUUGAAAUGCAUGUUCCAUUUUUAUCUAAAUUUGAUUUUCAUAUAUCAAUUGUGAGAUAUUAUCCAAAAUUAAAUUUAGACCGGGUCGUAAAUUCAUUUGAAUAUUUUGUUAAAAAAUAUCCCGAAUGGCAAAUGAUUAUUGAUCGAUGGCUACUUGAUGAGAGAAAUCUAUUCGAGAUUGCUAUAUUACGCACAUUUGCUUAUCACAAAUACGAAAGAAAUCUACAAAUAAACAUUCCAAUUAUUUAUUAUGGAUCAUUUGAUACACGAUCAACAAAAGCAACAACAAAUGAUCAUUAUCUUUAUUAUUCGGACAUAAAAGAUUUAAAAUUAAAAAUGAUGAAUAUAGAACCAAUAAUUACUUCUUUUCCUUUAUUUCAACAUAUAAAUUCUCUCGUCAUCGCUUUGCCAAAAAUGUUUCCACGAUUAUCAAACAAUGGAUUGAAUAUUGUGAACUAUGUUCAAUCAAUUGACAAUGGUCGUUCGCAGGAACGUGUUACUUAUCUUUCACGUUUUGUUCAUUUAGCCAAUGUAAAUGAAAUUAACUUUCAAUCAGAUGGGGAUAUAUCUAGAUGGAAAGAUAUUCAAUUUAUUCUACAAGCAUGUUCAAAUGUGAUUAAUCUUAAAAUUAAUCCUUCACAUUUGGUUUUACCAGAAUUCAUCGACAGUCCAUCUCUUCUUUCAAUUUUCAAACAAAUUAAAAUACUCAAAUCAAUAACAGAAAAUCAUUAUGUUCCUUCAAGUUUUUCAUUAAAACUUGUUGAACGUUUUCCAUCACUUACUGAUAUUGAACUUAAAGUAUUUUCAUUCGAUGAUUGUAUAUCUGCUAUUGAUAUAUUACUUACUCAUCUAAAAAAUUUGUCUUAUCUUAAAAUUUAUUAUAUUCAAGUUUCAUCACUCGAUCAUCCUUUUUCACGUAAUUAUAUUAUUGAAAAACGUCGUCAAGCAUUUCGUUUUAAUAUUAUCGAUGAACAUAAAGUUACAGUUAGCAAGAAUACAAAAUCUGUAGAAAUUGGAUUAUCAUAA